GUUUCAGAUUGGCUUUGCUUGGAUAGCAUUCUCGCCACUCCCAUCAAUAACAAAAAGCAACUGCAUAAACCAAUCUUGUUUCUCUCUUUCAAAACUCUUUUCUCUGGAGAUGAAUUCAUUGGCAUUUUCAGUCGGAAAUUAUACUCCAAAAAAGCUCAACAUACCCAUUUGUAAUCAUAACACAGUAGAAGCAUCAAAUUUCAAAUUCAAAAUCUCAUGCCAAAGCCACGAAAACUUUGUUUCUCCAUUAACUGCAGAAGUAAAGGAAAUCCAAGCUUUGUUGAAGAGAAGAGAAGCAAUGGGUGUUGGCUUCUUUACAGUUUUUGCUGACGUUUUAUUGCAACCGCUGCCCAUUGCAGAAGCAGCAGAAGAAGCAGGUGUAUGUGAACUAACUGUAACACCUUCGGGCCUUGCUUUCUGCGACAAGGUUGUGGGGACAGGCCCUGAGGCUGUCAAGGGACAACUCAUCAAGAUAUUAGUGCAGGCACAUUAUGUUGGAAAAUUGGAGAACGGCAAGGUUUUCGACAGCAGUUACAAUCGAGGAAAGCCUCUCACGUUUCGUAUAGGUGUUGGUGAGGUCAUCAAAGGCUGGGAUGAAGGUAUUCUAGGUGGUGACGGAGUUCCUCCUAUGCAAGCUGGAGGAAAACGAAUCUUGAAGCUUCCUCCAGAGCUUGGAUAUGGCGUCAGAGGGGCUGGCUGCAGAGGAGGGUCAUGCAUCAUUCCUCCAGAUUCAGUUCUCCUAUUUGAUGUGGAGUUUAUUGGGAAAUGAUAUCAACUGCUUUUCUAACUCUGGAGAGGAUUAAUUAUAUUUUGCUCAAUGGAAUUCCAAUUUUAGAUUUCAGAUUAUGGAAUAUAUUUCUAAUUUUUGUAUAUUUGUGAUUGAGCUCCCUAAAUAAUAAGAAUACAUUUGCUUCCCAAACAA